AUGGACUUGCCCUGGCUCGUCGUGACCUCGGGCUUUGCCGUCAUCCUGCUAAGCACCAUCUUCAGCAAACGCAAAAGCAGCACCGGCCAAGAUGAUCCUGAUGGCUGCGAGCCUGCGCCGCGCAUGUGGCAGUGGGAGCCUUUCCUGGGGCUCGACACCGUUGUGAGCCAGGUGCGGGCCCUUCGGGGGGACUACUACCUGGACUGGCUGCGCAAGCUGCACGCCGGCCGGCCCAAGACCUUUUCACUGCGCUUCUUCGGCACCCGCUGGUUCUACACGACCGAGCCCGAGAUCCUCAAGGCUGUCUACGCCACAAACUUCAAGGAUUUUGGCGUCGAGCCCAUCCGCCGCAACUCCAAGAUUACUAUGCCGUUUGCCGACAAGGGUAUCAACACCACCGACGGCGAGGACUGGGCUUUCAGCCGUGUCCUGAUAAAGCCCUUCUUCGAGAGGGACGUCUACCACAAUACGGAUCGCAUCAAACCUUUUGCCGACCGCUUCCUUGACCUCUUCGCUAAGGAUGGCGAGACGUUUGAUGUCAUGCCGCUGCUGCAACGCUGGUUCCUGGACAUCAACACCGACUUCAUCUUCGGCGAGUCGCUGCAUUCACUCACUGAUCCAGCUCGCGCCAAGUUUGCAAUGAACAUGGUGACGGCGCUUCAAGGCGCGCGCCUGCGGGCUCAGAGUCACCGCUUCCUGUGGGCCUUCAAUUGGAACUGGUGGUUGGCGGCCGUCGAAGAAAUCCACGAUUUCGUCAACGGACAUAUCCGCGCCACCUUUGCCGAGAUGGACGAGCGCGACCGCAUGCGAAGCAAGGGAAUGGAGCUUCCCCCGGAGCGGGCAGAUCUCUUGUGGACCAUGGCCGGCCGGAUGCGCGGCGAUGAGGAGGGUCUGCGCUCGCAGGUCUGUCUCAUCAUUGUGCCUACUAAUGACACCACUUCCAUGCUGAUUAGCAACUGCAUCUGGUAUCUGGCGCGCUAUCCGGAAGCCUGGGCUAAACUCCGUCAGGAGGUUUUGGCACUGGGCAAAGAUGCCCCCCUGACCUUUGACGUCUUGCGCAACAUGACCUAUCUUAACGGAGUCAUCAAUGAGACCCACCGCCUCAUUCCUAACAACGUCACCCAGGUGCGCGCCUGCCUAUCAGACACCACGCUCCCAAUUGGCGGCGGACUCAACGGACAGGCUCCGCUGCGCGUGCACAAGGGUGACAUCGUUUCUGUGACCAAAACCGUCAUGUACCGCGACCCGGAUCACUGGGGCGCGGACGCUGAAGAGUUCCACCCGGAGCGCUUCGACGGCCUGCGCGGUACUUGGGGCUUCCUGCCGUACGGUGGCGGGCCCCGCCGCUGUCCGGCUCAGAUGAUGGUCCAGACUGAGGCCUGCUACAUGCUCGCACGCAUGGCGCGUGAAUACUCGCGCCUCGAGGCCCGCGAUCCCGAGCCCUACCGUGCUGUCAUGCGGAUUGGGCCUUCGAAUCGAAACGGGGUCAAGAUUGCUGUCUAUAAAUAA